GGGAUUUAAUGCUAUGGGCAUGUCCUGUUAAGCUCGGCACAUUCAGAUUAGUCAUUUUCUAUCUACUCUCUGAAACCUUGACGGUCGAUGGCCUUUCCCCUCCCGCGGGGCAUUACGCCCCCGGAGAUAUCCUUUCUUGCUGAGAUGGAGAUGGUCACUAUCCUUCCACGUCAACGUCUAGAGGGAUUAGAGCUACUGGGUGGUCCUGUUGAGCCCCUCCUACCACCUCGGCGUGCUUCUCUUCCUCUUUGGCUGGCUCUUCUUCUCAAACGCCAGCGCCGCGCAAAUAUCCUUCCUCCGCCCUGGCUCCAUCCAGAAUCUCUCUCCCUCAUCCUCGACAUUGAAACUCAAAAUAAUGAGUACCAGCAUGCGUUCUCCCCACCCCCUCCACUUCCAGGCCAACCAAGCCUUCGGGACCGCGGAAAAAGGGCUGUCGCUACGCCCCGCUAUACACCAGAUGGCGGACGAUAUUUCCCAGCACCUCCGUUCCUACUGCAAAAUGUCGCGCAAGACCAUGUGCUAUCUGGCGAGCCUCCAUCGCUGCCAUUCCAUUGGCUAGAGGUAGGAACAAUGCUCCUUGAUGCAGCGAGUGAUGAUCUGGUGGAUCCAGACCAGACCCGGAGGCUGUUGAAAGAACUGCGCGAGGUACGGACGGCUAAGAUACGAUCGGGCGUGGAUGUCCUGGAUGCCGCUGCUACCGGCGGUGGAGGGGUUGCGCUUACCGGCGUUGGGGCGAUGGAGGUCGGAGAAGGAAGGGGAUUCAUUGCCGGGGUUGUGGACGGACUAAGGAAGAUUGGCGCAUCAAAAGAACAAGCGCGGCGAGAACAGCUGGCCGAAGAUAUGGCCAAUGGAGGAUAUGACGCUACACAAGACGAUGAAGACGACAUGGAAUUCUAAUGAUGUCUUUCGUACUUGCUCCUUUCCUACAAACCUGUGGCUUUCUCACCACCUCAGCGUUUGUUCCAUUUUCCAGUUGGGAAGACCAUGAGCUAGGACAGGACCCUUUUCACGAGCACUGAAACCAUUGUCGAUGUCUACGUUGUAAAUCUCCCAAGGGGGGCCUUUGGGUAACGGAAAGUACCCAUAAAAUAUAUCGGUACAAAGUCAGCAGCUUUGACGAAAAAGGGCGUGACAGUGCGGCUUUGAUAGAGGACCCGAUUCUGGACACAUUACCGAAUGACUGAAUAUGGCUAGCUAUUGUAUUU